AUGGGUAUAGACGAUCCGUUCCGCAUCAGCCCCCAAAGUCAAGAGUACCAAGAUUUUCUGCGUUGCCCUGAUGCAAACUUCUGGAUGCAAAUUUCCGGUCUCCCAACCUUCAACCCAAGCCGACAGCGAGCCAAGCACAUCGUUCACCCCUGUUGGCGAAUUGCUCACCGAGUCCUUACGACGAGUAUCUUCGGGCGUCUCGAGCCCGGUCAAAUCAACAGAUGUGAGCUAUUUUUCCUCCGAAGCAUGAGGCAUGCACUCUCCCUCAGUUUUUCAGGCUUCUUUUUAGACAAAUGUGACUCCAUACGCCAACGUUCCUCAGGGGAAAUUUUCAUCGGGGGACUUAUCACGAUCAUAGGUCGAGCCGUCGGCCUAGACUUCCCGGAUCCCGAGUACAUACCUGUCGACACCCCACCGAACUUCCUGCUAGAUUGUGACACUCUCAUCCGGAUGGAGAUGUUGCUCGAUCGGGGAACCCGCACGUACAGUUGGUUAGACGCUGACAAAGCCCCGGUUUACAUCCUGCCAAGUUGGAUCGGUUCUUCAUUCGAUACAGGCGACCCCGACACUUGGCUUCCUCCAGAUCAAUUGACCCAAGCAGGUGUAUUCCCAGAAUUCGGUGAUGAUGAGGGUGACGACGCAGAGGAACAAGAGGAAGAAGAUGACGAAGAGGACGACGAGAUGCCCGAAGCUGAAGACCAUUUUGACCAACCCUCGAUGCAACAGCCGAUGUUUCAGCACGAUCAGUUCCAGGCCCCUCCACAUCAUUUUGACCAGCCGCAUCAGCAGGAGGGACACGAAGUCCCACCAUAUUUCCCCCCCACGUUCUUUGACCAAUUUGCCACAAUGUUCUCCACGGUGCAGCGUAUCGACGCCCAAACGCAAGAGAAUUCGAGAGCCAUCCUAGAUGUGGCAAGCCGUGUUGAUCGAUUGGAGCAGUCCUCCUCUCACACUUCCCGCCAGCUCCAGGAUAUGUGGGACUACCACCAUCGCCACGGGCAUUUCCCGCCACCCGACCCCCCGAUCUAG